UUAUUGUCAAUAUUAAACCAAUGACAGCAACAAUUAAAGAUGCAUUACCAAAAACAUGAUUUUAAUGAAUAUUAUUGUUCAUGUAUUAAACAGGAAAAAGUUUCAGUAGUAUGGGCAUGUAAAAUUUCAUGUUAUUUGCAAGAGGCCUCCCAGAACCCUUCACUCGUAAAUUGUUGUAUACAUCUUGGAACAAACUUCAGCAUUCCUUUGUGUCAUGGUUUGGUAACCUUUGAAUUAGUAAAGGUAGUUUUUCUCUCCUUGAAUCUCGAGUAACAUUUGAGAUGUGUCUACCUUUGGCCAUGCUACAGUGUCCACAUCCUCUUCCCCAUCCUCAGGCUCUUGGGAGGAAACAUUGGGCUCGGAGUGAAGGACCAUAUCCAUGAGCAGCUCAUCUGUCCUUAACAUAUAUACUGAAGUAUUUACAUCAUACUGAAGCAAUGCCUUUGUCCUCUGCUUGUACACUGGCAAGAUCAUGCGAAGCAUCAGUGAACAUUGUGGCACACAAGAGUGUGGACUUGUAUAGCCUGACUGAUAUCUUGCGUGGAGGUGUAAGAAUCCAGAAUAACUUCAACCUGUGUUAUGUACAGACAGUUAACUGGUCCAUUAUUGUCAAGGAUGACAGUGAAAAUAUCAUCAAGAACAACAAUGAAAGACUGUGCAGUCCUUGCCAACCUAACUGCCCUCGACAAGGGAAGCAAGCAUAUUGUUGGUCUGCCACACAUUGUCAGCAAGUCUGUGAAGCAAAAUGUACUAAAGGUUGUACCCCCAAUGGAGAGUGUUGCCAUAAUGAAUGUGCUGGAGGUUGUAAAUUGCCUAAAGAUUCUUCGAGUUGCUAUGCUUGUCAUCACUUCAAUUCCAGAGGCAUGUGCAUUGAAACCUGCUUCAGUGAUGAUUAUGAGUACCUUAACUACCAAUGCGUGACUAAAAAAGUGUGCAGUGAAAUGGGCCUCUUACUCUACGAGUCCAAGGACAGGAACAAGAAGGAAUGUGUCAGUGUGUGCCCAUAUGGGUACUCAAAUGAAAGCAUUCAAGAACGAGAGAAGAAUGUGAUGACCUGCCGUAAAUGUAUCGAGCCAUGUGCCAAGACCUGUCCAAGUCAGUUAGUGAACACAAUUGCCAAAGCUCAGAAACUUACUGGCUGUACCAAGAUUGAUGGUCCACUCAUAAUCAGCAUCACUGGAGGAAAGGCUGUUGCCAAGGAGCUCACUGCCAGUCUGGGAAUGAUUGAAGAAGUGACCCAUUUUUUAUGGGUGUUCGAAUCUCAUGCACUCAUCUCUCUCAACUUCUUAAGAAGUCUGAAGGUCAUUGGUGGCAAGAAACUUUAUAAUGGCAGGUAUGCUCUUUAUGUACAUAACAAUGACAACUUGGAGGAUAUUUGGUCUUCAGAAAAUCUUGUUAAUUUGACCAUUACUGAGAGAAAGGCUUCAGUGUUGUUCCAUUCCAACCCAAAGCUGUGCUACAAGAAGAUCAAGGAACUUAUUUUGAGGACAAAUCGGACCAUUCCAGAGGACAGCAACAUGCACCUCACUAACGGAAAUAAAAUUGCAUGUACAAUAAUGGAACAAACUGUGAACUUGGAAGCUUUACCAGAUAAGGGUGUAGUGAAAGUGAGCUGGACCACGGCACCAAUUAAUGAGGAUGAUCGCAUGCUCACUGGCUACUAUGUGUACUACAAACAAUCAGAAAAGGACAUAAACUAUAUGACUGGUCGCGAUGCUUGUGAUGAUGACUGGUCCAGAAAAUAUGUAGAAAUCACCAGGUCAGAAGUGAAUAUAAGUACUCGAUUGGAGGGCUUGAAACCAGACACAUCAUAUGCUGUUUAUGUACAGACUGACACAGUUGCUGAUGCUGACAAAGGUGCCAAGUCGAACAUCAGUUAUAUAAAAACUAAUCCUUACAACCCAAGCAGUCCCAGUAACCUCAAGGUGAUACACAAAGGAGCCACCUGGAUGGAAAUUGCGUGGUCUCCUCCCGCUUUCCCAAAUGGUGAAAUUGUUCUGUACAUUAUCACGAGUCGCCUCUAUCCCUACAUUGUGGACAUGACUACAGAUAUCUGUGCCUUGGUACUCAGUCAAACUCGAAGGAGUGAAAUAGAGCAAUUAGAAAAGCAGGACUCAACAAGUACUGAAGUGCCUACCACCAGUGAACAAAGUGCUGAACAAGGCUCCAGUUCAACUGAAUGUUGUCAGUGUUCAUCAGACUUGGUGCACAAAGAACAUCAAGAGGACAUAGGCUUUGAAGACAGAUUAUUUACUUACAUUUAUAUGCGUCGUUCCUACAGACAAAAACGUAGUGAUCCAAAAUUGCAUCAUCAGGAUACCGAAUUAUCUAAUUUUCACAAUGGGAAUCCAUCCGUCUUCACUGAUUUUUCUAACAUCACUACAGUAUUUCCAGGUGGCAAGAACAAGGAAGACAGACUAAACAUCACCAACCUUCAUCAAUUUUCUCGCUACCAGAUUGAGGUAACUGCCUGUCAUGAACCUACACAUAAUUGCUCAUUGUCCAGUGAAACGAGGCUAUGUGCUCUAUGCUCCCUUCACCCAGCAAAAAUUGUGGAAACUACUACUAAAUUGUCUGAAGGUAGUAUGAUUAGUGGCUUAAGAAUAGUUAACCAGACCAGGUCAGAGGUUGUAGUUACUUGGUCAGUCCCAGCUGACCCUAAUGGUCAAAUUAUUGCCUUCAUACUGACUCUUCAGCCAAACAGUGUUCACGUGCACUGGUCACCUCACCAAGUCAGUGAUCAUCAGAGAUGUGUAAGUUCACAGUUUUUUAAAGAAAUCAACAACACUUAUGUUCUUAAUGUAACCCUGAUGGAUCCUUCACAAUACUGGCUCAGUGUACAAGCAUAUACACGAGAUGCUGAUUUUUCUAACGAUUUGUCACAGAAAGUGUCCUUCAGUAUCGAGGAUAAGGAUGACAAAGCCCACAACAUAACACUGUGGGCAAUACUGCCCACAGUGUUAGUGCUGCUACUGGUGUCUGCCACAAUUGUAAUUAUCAAGAUCAAAGCCAGAAAGGAACCCAUUAAAGAAACUAUCAACCCACAGUACCUUCAUGACACAGGACUACCACUUUGGACCCCUGAUGCCUAUGCAACAAUCUCGAGUCAACACAUUUUAGAUUGCUCUGACUUGCUACUGGAGAAGAGCUGCCAGCUUGGUAAGGGCAACUUUGGUAUAGUAAUGAAAGGGCAGCUUCGUCUUGAGUCAGGCCUCAUCCCAGUUGCUGUGAAGCAAGUCACCGACUACCAGGCUAGAGAGGAUAUUCUUCAAGAAGCUAAGUUAAUGCUGAAGCUAAAAUGUUACCACUUGGUACAUGCCUAUGGAGUUGUUCCUGGCCCCAACCACAUGUUACUGGUCAUGGAGCUGAUGAGUCGAGGGGACCUUCUCAACUACCUUAGAUCACUGAAGGCACAGGACAAUGACAUCUUCUCUGUUCUCAGUGUUGAUCAUGUGUGUGCCAUGGCGAUACAAAUAGCAGAUGGAAUGGCUUAUUUAGCAAGUCACAAAAUUGUGCAUCGUGACCUGGCUGCUCGCAAUUGUUUAGUCGAUGAUCAACUUAACAUAAAGAUUUCUGACUUUGGAAUGACAAGAUUGACAGAUAAUGACUACUACAAAAUCAGAGAAACAAAAUACUUCCCGGUGCGGUGGCUGCCGCCUGAGUACCUCAUCAGUAGCAAGUUUACCAGUAAGAGUGAUGUAUGGAGCUAUGGCAUUGUUCUCUGGGAGAUUCUCUCUGGAGGAGCAAGACCAUAUAAGCACCUGGAGGACAACAGAAAGGUUGGGGGGAGGUCAUCAGGGUUACCCCCUUGGAACGAUUGCCCAGAGAUACUCCACCCUUUCCUUCAAAAAUUACAUUGUCCUGUUUAUCAGCAAGCACGCAGAAUUUACCUCCAACGUCGUCACCACUUUAACACUCUUACUUCAUCUUCUCUCCUAGCUGAUGGUGCCACCUUUGACACAUACUCCCUCUAUGACUUUUUGGCAGCAACAGAUUUCUUACACAUUGAUUAUACUUCCUUUAGCACUCCUCACUGCCCUUAUGAACUCUUCCUCCAUUAUACUCUACCCUCACUAGUCUCGGAUCAAGCAUAUUAA